UGGGCUUAGCAAACUGCAAAGCCAUCAUUAAUUCCCCAUUUUCAGGUCUUAAAUAAGCACACAACAACCUUCCCGAUUCUUUUUCCUUCUCUUGCUCUCUCUGCCUCUGCUCUUCUCCGUUCUGAGAAUUCUUUUGGGAAGGAAUGGCAUUUAAUUUAUAGGUGUUUUUUUGGCUGGAACUCACUUUAUCGGCAUAUGGAGAACGCAAUCGCCGGAAGAUGCUCUCAUCAACUAUGGUUAGUCUUCCUCAUCCUCUUUGUUCUCUGCUUCGUACUGUUCCACUUUGAUUAUUCAACUAUGAGGCCUGCCGACAUUGACCUCCCUUUCUCACUCGACCAAAUAAACCCAGUUGUUAUUUCGGAGAACCAAACCCAUUUAGCCACCAAUCAGUCUGUCACGGACGAAAGCGUAGAAGAAGAGAGUGAUGCAGAUACUUGCCUGGGUAGAUAUGUCUAUGUUCAUAAUCUGCCAAGCCGGUUUAACUAUGAUUUGCUCAAGAAUUGUCAGUCUCUUACCAGAGGGACCAACUCCAACAUGUGCCCCUACCUGGCGAACUUGGGUCUCGGUACCGAAAUUGAGAACUCCCAAGGGGUUUUGUCAAACCAGAGUUGGUUUUCCACGAACCAAUUCUCAUUAGAAGUCAUUUUCCACAACAAGAUGAAGCAGUACGAGUGCUUGACCAAUGAUUCGUCUCUGGCCUCUGCAAUUUUUGUGCCAUAUUAUGCUGGUCUAGAUAUUAGUCAAUACCUGUGGAGUCCCAACAUAUCCGUGAGGGACUCCCCUGGGAAGGACCUUCUCAAUUGGCUGGUAGAAAGACCGGAGUGGAAGAAAAUGUGGGGCAGAGACCAUUUCUUGGUUGCGGGGAGGAUUUCUUGGGAUUUCAGAAGGCAAACAGACGAUGCGUCCGAUUGGGGUACCAAGUUUAGGUUUCUGCCUGAAUCCCAGAACAUGACAAUGUUGUCGGUUGAAUCAAGCUCUUGGAAAAAUGAUUUUGCAACACCAUAUCCAACAAACUUUCAUCCUUUCAAAGACAGUCAAGUCUUAGAGUGGCAAAGCAGUGUGAGAACCCAAGACCGGAGUUAUCUGUUUACUUUUGCUGGUGCACCGCGUCCUGACCUCAGCAAUUCUGUUCGAGGUGUGGUUAUUGAACAAUGCAGAUCUUCAAAAGCUUGCAACUUUAUAAAUUGUAGUUCAGAUGGGAACAAGUGUGACAACCCAGUUAAUCUUAUGAAGGUGUUUCGGAGCUCGGUUUAUUGUUUACAGCCUCCGGGGGAUUCCUACACUAGGCGAUCCAUUUUUGACUCCAUUUUGGCUGGUUGUAUUCCGGUUUUCUUUCAUCCCGGUACUGCUUAUGCUCAAUAUAUGUGGCAUCUACCAGGGAAUGGUACCGAGUAUUCUGUGUAUAUACCUGUUAAGGAUGUGAAAAACUGGAAUGGGAGCGUGGAGAAGAUAUUGCUUGGGAUUUCAAAGGACAAAGAAUUGGCCAUGAGAGAGGAAGUUAUAGGGCUCAUUCCAAGUAUAAUUUAUGCAGAUCCCAGGUCCAGAUUAGAGACUUUCGAGGAUGCAUUUGAUUUAGCAGUGAAGGGAGUUCUUGAGAGGAUAGAAAGAGUUAGGUGUGUAAUUAGGGAGGGGAAGGAUCCUAGUGUCGGUUUUGCAGAAGGAGAUGAUUAUAAGUACACAUUUUCUGAGUGGCAAGAAUAUGAAAAGGAUCCCUUAUUCUGAAGUAGCAUUCAUAUAGUACCAAGAGAAAAGAAGAACCAGGACAGAAACAAAUUUUCAAAACAAAAUUAGUAGUACAAUGUAGGAUUAUAUAUCAGUCAGUGCUCAUAUAUGUCUUGGCUCAAGCAUAUAUAUACACGAGCAUAUACUCCAUCCUGUCGAUGAUUUUAUUUACUUCCAACUUCAACUUCUUCUGUUCUUGUUAUUAUUAUUAUUAUUUUUGUUCAUUGUAAUUCUGUUUGUGGUGAUGGUGAGAGAGUAUGUAGGGGGCCUGUGGAUAUUCCCUUCUGAAUCUUUCAGAGGUAGUGCGAAAAUAUAUUGAUAAUGUCGAACCUUUUCAAA